UAUCAUCACUUCACUGCUCGUGCGGUCACCACACUCUGCUUCAAGUGCCGGGCUAUUUUUUUCACCUCCGUCACUCUCCUCUCAUUUUCCAAAACCCUAGCUUUUUCUGCAGUCAACGGUGAUGGCGGCAGUGGCGAAGAUUGGGGCGGUGAAGGAUCCGAAGGUUCAGAUUCACGGGUACGGAUUUCAAGGGCUGAGAUCGGGCGGUUCAAUCCCGAUACCGAGGUCUGUUAGGGCAUCGCCGGCGCCGGCGUCGUCUGCUUCCUCCUCCGUUAUAACGGCCGUUGCUACUCCUGAGGUCAAAAGAAGUGCAGUUGAAUUGAUUAAAGAAAAAAGCAAUUUUCUUAGAUAUCCACUGAAUGAGGAAUUGGUAACAGAGGCGCCAAAUAUAAAUGAGUCCGCCAUCCAACUGAUAAAGUUUCAUGGUAGUUAUCAGCAGUACAACAGAGAAGAACGUCGUACAAAAUCUUAUUCGUUUAUGCUUCGAACCAAGAAUCCAUGUGGGAAAGUCCCGAACAAGCUCUACUUGGCUAUGGAUGACCUUGCCGAUAAGUUUGGCAUUGGCACUUUACGAUUAACAACUAGGCAAACAUUUCAGCUCCAUGGUGUCCUGAAGAAGAAUCUUAAAACCGUGAUGAGUACUAUUAUUCAAAACAUGGGUUCAACUCUUGGUGCAUGUGGUGAUCUUAAUAGGAACGUUCUUGCUCCUGCUGCCCCCUACACCAGCAAAGAGUAUGUUUUUGCUCAGGAAACUGCAGAGAAUAUUGCUUCCCUUCUUACACCUCAAUCCGGUGCUUACUAUGAUUUGUGGGUAGAUGGUGAGAAAGUCAUGUCAGCUGAGCCGCCUGAAGUGGUGAAGGCUCGUAAUGACAAUUCUCAUGGGACAAACUUUCCUGAUUCUGCAGAGCCAAUUUAUGGAACUCAGUUUUUACCUCGGAAGUUCAAAAUUGCAGUUACCGUGCCUACAGACAACUCUGUUGACAUCUUGACUAAUGACAUUGGUGUUGUUGUAGUUUCUGAUAGUGAUGGAGAGCCUCAGGGUUUUAACAUAUACGUGGGUGGUGGCAUGGGAAGAACGCACAGGGUGAACGCCACUUUCCCCCGUUUGGGAGAGCCACUGGGUUAUGUUCCCAAAGAAGACAUAUUGUAUGCUAUUAAAGCAAUUGUUUGUACACAAAGAGAUAAUGGAAGAAGGGAUGAUCGGAGAUAUAGUCGAAUGAAGUACUUGAUUAAUGAAUGGGGAAUUGAUAAGUUUCGCAGUGUUGUUGAGCAAUACUAUGGAAAGAAGUUUGAGGCAUUCCGUAAAUUACCUGAGUGGGAAUUUAGAAGCUAUCUUGGUUGGCAUAAACAGGACAAUGAAACCUUGUUUUGUGGUGUGCAUGUUGAUAAUGGUCGCAUUGGAGGUCAAAAGAAGAAAACAUUGAGAGAAAUAAUUGAGAAUUAUAACCUUAGUGUGCGCAUUACGCCUAACCAGAACCUAAUUUUGUGUGACAUCCAUCAUUCUUGGAGAGAUUCCAUCACCAGAGCUCUUGAUGAAGCUGGUCUUCUGCAACCUAACUACGUUGACCCUCUCAAUCUUACUGCAAUGGCCUGUCCUGCUUUUCCGCUCUGUCCAUUAGCAAUUACAGAAGCUGAAAGAGGAAUACCUGAUAUUCUCAAGCGCGUUCGAGCUGUUUUUGAUAAGAUAGGGAUCAAAGAUAAUGAAUCUGUGGUGGUAAGAGUAACUGGUUGCCCUAAUGGCUGUGCCAGACCGUACAUGGCUGAGCUGGGAUUUGUUGGGGAUGGCCCAAAUAGCUACCAGAUUUGGCUUGGGGGGACACCUAAUCAGACUACACUGGCAGAGUGCUUUAUGAAUAAGGUGAAGAUCCAAACUCUGGAGAAGGUUCUAGAGCCACUCUUCUACAGUUGGAAAAUGAAUCGCCAGCAGGGUGAAUCAUUUGGACAGUUCACAAUCCGAAUAGGCUUCAGUAAGCUGCAAGAGAUGGUAGAGAAGUGGGAUGGUCAUGUAGAGACACCAUCACAAGUAUGAAGCUAUUGAGUGAUUUCCUCCCAGUUUUAUUGACUGUCAGCAGAAAGGCCUUUUGUUACCUAAUGUUGGUUAUCAAAACGGAGCGCUUCAGUUAAUAUCAUUUUGUCUCUUGAUCUAUGAUCUAUGUUGUACGCUAGUUUCAUGGAUUGGAAAAAACUAUAUGAGUCCAUUGUUGAAAAUUUAAAUACUCGACUCUAGUAUCAGGGUUUUAUUUGCAUCAGCUGGUGCAUUUUCUUUCCUUAACAAAUAAAAAGAGCGAAAACUAUUUACGGGUUUCUAAUGCUCAGAGUUGGCUA